AGGUAAACAACAACAAACCGCACAGUCGCGAUCAAUUUCAGUGAAAAUUUACAAUGGAUUUCGAUAGUCCGGAUUGUGUGGAAAAGGAUUUUCCCGGUUUGUACGCGUCGGAAGCCGGUGGUAAAAGCAAAAAGGAUGAGAAAGACUGUACGUUUAGUGACGCUGAUCCGGAGAAGGUGAGCAAAAAGGAGCUUCUCAUAGGCCGCAGGAAGGAUAAGAAGGAAAAGAAAACGGCCUACGCCACGCUGGAGGGGGAAAGCUCACCGGAGGAGGAGCUCGAAACAAAGAGUCCGUCGAAGACGAAAAAAUCGAAAACGUUCAAGUUCCCGUCGAAGAGCAAGGAAAAGAGGGAAAAAUCUCGCGAAAAGGAAAAAUCGGAACCAGUGAAGCUGGACGACAGCCUCAAGGUGCCGGAAAAGAGUGAAAAAGAAAAGGACAAGGACAAGAAAAAGGACAAGGAGAAGAAGGAGAAGGAGAAGAAAGACAAAUCGAAGGAUAAGAAGGAGAAAAAACUGAAACAGGGAAGCGUCAGCGAGGAAGUGCUCGAGCUCGGCGAUGCGCAACCCAUCUUCGGCGUGUCGCUUGGGUUGGCCACCGAACGGAGCCGCUGCCAUGACGGCAUCAAUCUGCCGCUGGUCGUACGCGACUGUAUCGAUUUUCUGCAGGAGCACGGUCUACAGAGCGAGCAAAUCUACAAGGUUGAAGCCGUAAAAACUAAGCUCCAGCAGCUUAAGAAGACGUACAACAAUCGCGAGGGCAGCUGCGUCGGCGAGAUGGACGUACCGAUUGCUUGCGGUUUGCUGAAGAUGUUUUUGCGCGAACUUCCCGAGCCGAUCCUCACGACCGAUCUGUCGUCGCGGUUCGAGGAGGUCGCCUCACACUCGCAAGUGUCGCAGCAGGAACAGGAGCUGGUGAGUCUGGUGGAGCAACUGCCCAGCUGCAACCAAACGCUGCUCUCGUGGAUGUUUAUGCACUUGGAUGCGGUAACGCAGAAUGAAGAUUUCACCAAGAUGAACGCCCAGAACAUUGCGAUGCUUUUGAGUCCCACACUGCAGAUGUCCCACCGGUUGUUCGUGGCGAUUCUGUGCCACUGCAGUACGCUGUUCGCAGACACUACCUUGCACAAAUACGUGCCACCAAUAACUGCUUCUAGUCCCAACCUACCGGAGACGCCCGAGGAAAUUUCCGUUGAGCUGAAGAAACAGGAAAGCUUGUUAGCUCAAAUUCACGCCGAAAUGAAUGCUGGCUUUGUAACUAAGAAGCGUGAAGAACAACUUUGGGAGGUACAACGUAUUAUUACGCAACUAAAGCGCAAGCUACGGGCGUUCGAGAAGAAAUCAGAUUGCGUUCAGAAAAGCAUGGACGACACAGUCGAUGGGGACAUCUCGAUUGAUCUGAACCUGCAGAAGGCCAAAUUCUCGUGCUCCGAUGACGAAUCGUCCAUCAAGACGGUGACGGCCAUUUCAACCGAAUCGGCUACCAAUACGGAAACGAAAAACACUCCACAGGAAACACCCGACGAGUCGGGUACCGUGGAGACCAAACCGACCUUACCGGAUUCUCCCGAAACCACCACCACCACCAGCGCCACUAUGAAGAUCGAUGGCGCAGCUGUGGUGAACGCUUCCGUUACGGAGGUGCCAAAAGUAAGCGACAAGGUGACCGUAACGGACAACGGGUUUCUACUCCUGCCACAAAAUCAUCCCGAGUACCUGACGUUGAUCCGGCUGCAGCUGGAAAACCAGGAGCUGAUGAACUGGAAGGCGCAGUUGCAGGCCCGCAUCCAAACGGAACGGAAUGAGAUUGUCAAGAUGAAGAAACUGCUCGUGACGGACGGCAGUGCGCAAGGUGGUGUCGGUACUGUGGACAGAUCCAUCACGGCUAGCGAUGAGUACGCAAAUUUGGUUGGGCAUUACAUGAAGGAGAAUGCGCUGCUGGAACAGAAGCGCCAAAUGCUCGCGAAAGAAAUAUUCGACGAAAACAAGAAUCUGAUACAAAUGCAGGUAGAAUUGGCGCUUAAUCGGUAUAAGAUAUAGGCAGCUAUCCCUCAUAGCGUCAUACUAGACGAUAUAGGUUGCUCUCUCGAAAAACGCAAACGACAUGGAAGAUAAAUGUGAUCGUCUGAGGAUCACCUCGCGAGGUUGCGGCAAAGAUAACGAAUGAUCAUAUUUAGCUGUAAAUCGAUCGAUUUAAGUACGUUAUUACCAAGAAAACUCAAUCUCUGUUGCAUAGUAUUUGAUUGAAUAAAAUUCAUCCUAAAAAUAAGCUUGUUACAUUAAAAUAACAACAAAAAUAUUUUACCGUAUUUACGCAUAAUCUACGCACAAUUGGUCCCAUUUUAAAGUUUCGGUUUACUUUAAAAAUAACGUUGUGUUGUUUGUUAAUGUGUUGUAGAAGCUUUGGAAAAUUUAUACUAUGUACGAUCGCAUUGAAAAUGUGUGCGAAAUUCAAUGUCACUUAUUCAGACGAUUUUCUUUUUUCUUCAAACCACAAAGUCAGUUAGAGCAUAUUGCCUCUAACAAUACGGCAACGCCCGUAAUACCAGAAUAAAUAAAUAAAUAAAUAAAUAAAUAAAUUUUCUGUUUUCACGUUUAACCAAACCGGAGAAUGUAUUGAUCACAGAAACUAAACGGAGGCUUGGAAUACAUUUAAAUAUAAUUGCCUAAUUUGUAAUUGAACAUGGACAGAAAAGAAAACGAAGUGAGCAAUUCGUGGAUGGGUAUGCUUAUUUCCUUUCAAAGACCCGGUAGAUAUUAAGUUAAACCAAAAAUUGGUCUCCAAGCUGUGUUAAGUUCUAGCGUACUUCCGCUUCAACAAUACCCAUCAAUUUAAGCAUGUAAAACCAAUAAUGAAAUGUACUGACUGUAAUAAUGAAAUAAAUGAAAA